AUGGCGAUGUCAAAACGAAACAGUAGUAGUAUGAGUAGUAGUAGUAGCAUUCACUCGUACUCGUCCGCUAGCAACGUCCGCGCUAGCUGCUAUGCCGUAGACGCGUCCACUGCCAGCCUUCAAGGCUUCCAUUACUCCACUACCCCUGUCAACCAGGGAAUACCAUCACCUCCAUCAAGUCCCCCCCUCGCCGCCAGACACGCAACUACCGCUAAGAACGGUAAGGCGCGCAGAGGGGGGGCAGCAUAUACCAUCACGGAAGAGUGUGAGAGACUUUUCUGCGAGACACUGCGAUCUGUUUUCCUAGGUGAGGGGAGCCAGCAUCAUCAGGACUCGCUAGUGAUGGGUAUGUCUUAUAUCGAUACACCUGCAAAUACCGCGAUCACAAACGACUACGGCAUCGACGUGCGUCGCUACUCUGACUCCUCGACUGACUCUGAUGUAUCUGAAAUGGUACGGUUUGAGGAGCACAAGGGUGCGAUUACAAACUACAUUGAGAUGUGGGAUUAUGUUGGUGGAGUUAUGUUCCGUGGAUUUGUUGUUGAAAGGGAAGAGGAGAGGAGCAUGUUUGUCUUCUUUGAUGAAGCUGUGAUUGGUGCAGACCUCAAGGCUGGGCUCAUGGCCCUACUCGAGCUCUGCGAAAUUGAUUACUUCUCGUGCAGCCGCCUCGUCCUUUGUAUCGACCGACACAGUGACCAAGUAGCUCGCAAUAACCUGACAAAGGAUCUGGGCUGGAUCGGAUUUGGGCUGAUAACUCUUGACGAUUUCAGCCAGGGCGAGAAGUUAACUAGUGACAAGUGGUUGUUUAUGGACAUGGAAGUCUGA